AUGGCCGAGAGAUCCAGCGCACGGGCGGCCCUCACGCUGCUCAAGAACCUCACCCUCGCCGCGCUGCUGUACGCCUCCAUCUACGGAAUCAUCAGCCUCGUGAGCGGCCCCGGCGUUGCGACCAAGGGCAAGCUGGGCAUUCCCGCCUUUCUCGACAAGGCUGGGCCCACGGAGCUGAUCAAGACGACCAAGUCGGGCGUCCAGGUCAAGUUUGCCGGCACCGCCAAGACCGUCACCAUCAACCCGCACGCCAACGUCUUCAACCGCCCCGUCACUGCCGUCGCCGUCAGGGACGACUACAUGGGCCCGCGCCCCCACGUCGACACCGAGGCCGACCUGCACAUGCUGGUCGACGAGUGCAGAGGCACCUACAAUGGCUUGGAGAAGAUGAGGAAUGUCUUCGACUGCCUCAAGUUCUUCGCCGACGACGAGCACCGCUACUACCACCUGCCCGACCAGCCUGCCCGUGCAAGCGCCCAGGACCCCCGCCGCGCCGAAUACGUCGAUGCAGACGGACACGGCAACUCGCUGAAGAGCUACGUCUCCGUCAACGACGCCCUCGCCGCAAACGCUUCCGACGUGGGCACCUGCCCAGGCCCCAUCAUCCCCUACCACGUCUACUGGACCGGCCCCGCGACCUGGCGUGUCGAGGUCUUCAUCAAGAGCUAUCUGUACACCCAGAACUUGGCCUGCUCCCGCCUGUGGCUGUGGCUCGACAGCGACAAGAACCCCAAUGCCGUCCGGAACAUGAUGACCAAGGACGCCCUCUUUGCCCGCUUCCUGCCUCUGGUCGAGCGCGGCGACAUUGUCCUGAAGGCCUGGAACUUCCCCAAGCGCAUCCCCCUGCCCAAGGACGACCAGGACAAGAACGGCUUUGGAUACUACAGCUCCCCCGGACGGCCCAACGCCGACGGCGAGAAGGCGCUGGCCGAGAACAUCGUCGAGGACAAGAACGGCCAGCAGUGGCUCGUCCUCACCCCCAAGCAGAUGACGUUCCUCCCCGUCGCUGUCUCCGACGCCGUUCGCUUCAUCGUCCUGCACAUCCACGGCGGCGCCUACUUCGACAUGGACGUGCUCAUGCUCAGGGACAUGCGACCCCUCCUCCUGCCCAAAGAGCACGCCUUUGCCGAGCGAUGGGCUGCCCACCCCCACCCCGGCGACUACAACACCGCCAUCAUGUCCCUCACCGCAAACUCGUCGCUGUCCUCCUACCUGCUCUACGGCGGCAUCCGCAUGGGCGUCAACUUCCACCCCCGCGUUCUCGGCCGCAUGGCCUGGAAAGACGGCCGCGACCAGGAGUUCCUGAUGCUCGAGACGGCCGCAUUCGACCCCAUCUGGACCGAAUUCAACUGGGACCGCGAAGGUCGCUGCACCGUGCCCUGCCUGCGUGACUACGGCGCAGCCUUCAGGGGCAAAAAGGGCUCGCUCAAGGACGAGUGGGAGAGCUACGACGGACCCCGCCUCGAGCCCAUUGACCUGAGCGCGGCUCCGCACAAGGAGCUCAGGCUGCGCAGCCACGAAGACCAAGAGCACGUCUCGGCAUCCGCAGCGGCGACGCCAUCCAAGGGCGAGCACGCCGACUCGUUCCAGGCCACGCUCGACGAGGAAGCCGAGCUGCGCAAGGCCGGCGUCAUAGCCGACUACGAGUUGGAAGAGGACAAGUUUCCGCCCAACAACCGCACGCUGGAGAACUUUUUCCGCGGGUCGUGGACCUACCACAUUCACAACCAGUGGCUCAAGCAUCCCGAACCCUCGUCCUGGAUCUCCGUCCUCGAGCACGCCCAAGACGGCUUCUUCGCGCGCUCGCGCACCAACAUCUACGGCGAGAAAUGGACCGGCCCUAACCUGGCGCCGUACAACUACUGGCCCGAACACGUCUGA